AUGGUGGUGUUAGGAUUGUUGCUGUUGGCACUGUUUCCUUACAUGCCAUGCAAGACCCACAUUGGUAAAUGCAAGAUCCAUGGUCCACACCAUCCACUUCACAUGUAUCAUCAGUCUGGUGAUUUCAUUAUUGGUGGCAUUACUUCUCUUGGUUCCUUUUCUUCCAGUUCAACAAUCUUCACUGAACAACCUCCACCAGCAUUGCCUGAAGAGCUUGUUGUAGUGCCUAAGAAUUACCAGCACAUCUUGGCCUUGGCAUUUGCAGUCAAGGAGAUCAAUGAAAACCCAAAGAUCUUACCCAAUCAAACCUUGGGCUUCCACAUCUAUGACAGCUAUAUUAAUGCAAAAAAGACUUAUCAUGCCACAAUGCUGCUUUUAUCAACACUGGAGAAAUUUGUCCCCAAGUAUAUAUGUGAUAUCCAGAAUUAUCUGACAGCUGUCAUUGGGGGACUUGACUCCGAAAUCUCCCUUCAUGUGGCAACUAUCUUGCAUAUCUUUAAGAUUCCACAGCUCACAUAUAGCCCUUCUCCAGCUAUAAAUGAAGAAGGUCUUUCCUUCUUCCAGAUGGCGCCCGAAGAAACCCUCCAGUACACAGGGAUUCUCUUCUUGCUCCUGCAUUUCAGGCUCAGACACAGAGGGAUGGUGCACGGAGGAAGACUGAAGCUUCAGAUCCAACAGCUGUGGCAGGCUUUAGAGAUUGGCACAUGUGCACGAGGAAAAGGAAACCAGUCAGGCUAUGCUCUGGAUUCAGCUGAGUUCCGAGCCAAACUGGGCCCAUAUUCAGGCCUUGGCCGACUUCACCACUAUCUGAGAAGUGUCUCAUUUAACACCAGUGUGGGGGACGAGGUCUCCUUCAACCAGAAUGGGAAGGUAGUAUCUAGCUUGGAUAUUAUUAACUGGAUUAUUUCCUCCAAUCAAACUUUUCACAGAGUGAGAGUUGGGAGGAUGGAUCCCCGGGCUCCUCCAGACCAGGCAUUCACCAUUGAUGAAGAUUCCAUAACAUGGCACAGCUGGUUUAACCAAACUCAUCCUCUUUCUCUAUGCACUGAGAGGUGCCAACCUGGAUCUAGCAAGAAAGUGAAGGAAGGGGAGCCACUUUGCUGCUAUGAUUGCAUCCCAUGUCCAGAGGGAAGGUUUUCCAACCAGGAGGAUAUGAAUGACUGUAAUACAUGCUCAGAUGAAAAAUAUCCAAACAAGAACCAGGAUGUGUGUAUACCCAAGGAUAUAAGCUUCUUGUUUUAUAAAGAACCUUUGGGCAUCAGUUUAGCCUUCUUUGCUCUUUUCUUUAGUUUCAUCACAGCUCUGGUACUGGGAAUAUUUAUGAAACACCACAACACUCCCAUUGUCAAAGCCAACAAUCAGAGUCUCACCUACACCCUUCUCAUUUCCCUCCUACUCUGCUUCCUUUGUGCUUUACUCUUCAUUGGUCAGCCUGAAAAGGUGACAUGUCUCCUCCGACAAACUAUGUUUGGCAUCAUCUUCUCAGUGGCUGUUUCUUGUGUGCUGGCAAAAACUGCCACGGUGGUUCUGGCUUUCAUGGCCACCAAACCAGGAUCCAGGAUGAGGAAGUGGGUGGGGAAGAGACUGGCCAACACCAUUGUCCUUUCCUGCUCCCUUGUACAAGCAGGAAUCUGUACUCUGUGGCUGGCAACCUCUCCUCCUUUCCCAGAUGUUGACAUGCACUCAGUGACUGAAGAAAUUAUAGUAGAAUGUAAUGAGGGCUCUGUGACUAUGUUUUACUCUGUCCUUGGUUACAUGGGCUUCCUGGCAUUUAUUAGUUUCACUGUGGCUUUCCUUGCCAGGAAGUUACCUGACAGUUUCAAUGAAUCCAAAUUUAUCACUUUCAGCAUGUUGGCCUUCUGCAGUGUUUGGUUAUCCUUUGUUCCAACCUAUCUGAACACCAAAGGAAAAUACAUGGUCACCGUGGAGAUCUUUUCUAUCUUAGCCUCCAGUGCUGUCUUACUGAGUUGCAUCUUUUCCCCCAAAUGUUAUAUUAUUUUGGUGAAGCCUGAACUGAAUAACAGAGAACAACUAAUAAUAAGAAAAAACCCUGUAUAA